AUGCUUUGUGGCCCUAGAAUCGAGACUUUUGGCGCUAUUUCCGAGAGAGCCGUGUCUAGUGACAACACUCACUCUUCUGAUAUCCCGUCUUCUUCCUCUUCGCCGACGCGGAUCAAUUUUCCCCUUGCCCCCUCCGCCAUGCCUCAGGGCCUUUUUACGGAACGCCUCCAAGGCUAUACUCCAUAUCAAUGGGCCAUGGCGUUUGAACCGCCGUUGGUCAUUCCUCGGGACUAUAGUCUCCAGAUCGCCUUGCAAAACGUCCAGAAUGCCAUCCCGAGCCAUGGAAAAGGACCCUCUCGGGAAGUUGGACACGGAAAGCCCAAAGUUGAGCGCAGGAAAGACAUCUUCUGUCCAUAUCUGAGAAACAAAGGGAGCUGCAAGUUCCCAGGCAAGCGUUGUGCCUUCUCUCACGACCGCCGCCUUCUUCAGAAGACCCGACCAGCUGCUACUCCUGAUGAGAGAACAUCUUCAGGCUCGGUUUCAAAACCAGCCUCGGUCCGGGCUCCUGCCCUUCACGCCGUUUACUCAAAUAAGGGAAAUUUUAUCCCUAGGACUGUUAAGCUCCAAAGUAUUUGA